UUCGCCGUUCGGGCGUGUCGCGCGUGUUCCGGGCCGCCGCGAUGGUUGGAGGCGGCAAGCCGCUUGGCGACAGCGUGUUCGCCGGCCACACGGCCGCCGGCGUGGCGGCUAUCAGCGCCUCCGGCGUCGCCGUGCACCCCCUCGACACCGUCAAGACCCUCCUCCAGCUGGGCGCGGCGGGGCAGAAGCAGAACAUGGGGCUCAGACAGGUGGUGGACCGGCUCGUGGCCUCCUCCGUCCCUGCAGGUCUUUACAGUGGCAUUGGAUGGUCCAUAAUGGGUAAACUACCUGGGUUGGGAGUGCGUUUUGGGACCUAUGAACUUUUUACAGCCUUCUUGGCAGACGGGAGGGAGGACAACUAUGUUUAUUAUUCUGAGGCUAUGAUGGCUGGCAUAGCUGCUGGUGCUAUAGAGGCUGUUUCCUGCACACCAUUUGAACUUUUCAAUCUUCGGAACCAAGUUAGUUCUGUGAUACCUUCAAAAGCAGCGAGCCCUGCAAGUAUUGCACAAGAAUCAUUUCCUCUGCUUUCCAAACUGCUGCCUGGUUAUGUUGCUGACAUGAGGGUGUGGAACAGCACUGUGAGCCUUUUGUCUGAUCUUUCUCCGAAGCAUCCCGACAUGUUGGGUGCCCUGAAACAGCACCCAUGGAUGCUUACUAGUUCUGGGAAGCCCCCAUUACCCUCUGUCCAGCUACCUUCUAGAGUGACAUCACUUGAAGGUUGGGGUGCUCUGUGGAGAGGGCUUAGACCAGGGAUAGCUCGAGAUUGUGUCUUUGGUGGUAUGUUCUUUUCAACUUGGCAAUUCAUACACACAGGGAUGCUCACUUGGAAGGCAGUUAAUAUGAACCCUAAACCUAGGAAACUAGAAGAAGCAGGCCCUGUACGUCCUUUUGCUUGUGUUGCUGCAGGCUUCUCAGCAGUGGUAGCAGCUGCUGCUUCACAUACGUUUGAUACUGCGAAAAGUCGUUCUGAUUUUCCUUUGCAGGAUAUCGCAAUGGAGAGGAAGUUUCUCAAUUGGAAAGCACCAGGAACGUGGAUAGAGAGAAAGACAGGAAUAUCUCCUGCUGGUAGGAGUGUUCUGUUCCGUGGAAUUAGACUAAGGGACUUAAGAAUGGCGUGUAAUGUAAUUGCAUCGUUUGUGCUUGUGUGGUCGUACUAUCUAGCUGUAGAUUACAUCUCUUAGAUGACAUGAAGAGACAUCAUCAGAUGAUUUCUUUUAUUUGAAAA